CGUUUUCCAACACCGUUUUUUUUUACGAGCUUGCAGUAAAAUUUUAAGUUGCACCGCGUAUUUUCAUAAUUUGCGAAAAUGCAUCCCACUAUAGCCAGAAUGAAGCUUGAUAUGAAGAGCAUGGCCAACGAUGUGUGGAUCCUAGUUGAGGAAUGGCAGCAUCAUGUCCAUCGCGGCAAGGUGAUGCUACAGCAUAUUGAGAGCGUAUACUCCCGGAUCUUUUCCGGCGAAAAUCAGUUGGAUGACAUUCAGCGUCCAAGGGAGCUGCGCACCAUGGAGAGGCGCAUCCGUCUGUUGUACCAACGCUUGGAUGUUCCACUUAAAAUGAUGCAAAACACCUUGAAAUUGUUGACCGAUAUCAGGGACAAGGCAACCGAGAUCCAAAGACGCAUGACCCUCUGGAUGCUUGAUGACCAUUUCGAGGACUACACUAUCAGAAGGAGUCUAACGACCCAGAAGUUGCUAGAAAUGCUGAAUUUUCUCCGCAAGCGUUAUGACGCCGAAUGGGAGGUGAAGGAAAUGGUUGUCCUCAAUUUGCCUCAGAUUACCACUUCCUACGAUCUCGAAAUAUUGAGAGAGGCCUGGGGCCAAAGUGUCCAUAUUGGCGGUGAGCUUUUUGAAAGAAAAAUACUAGAGUACUACCAUGCGAUUGGACGUCGUACGAUGUCAACGAUGUUUACAAAUCCGCCAAUGCCAUUUGCGUAUGGAAGUCGCCGUAUUAAUUAGAAUUUAAAGGGAAAGCUUUCAAAAAAGAAAAGAAAUAUGGAAAACAUACAUACUCCACACUCCACAGAAGCCAAGGAAGGGCUGAUUAUUAUUUAGAAACCUAGAACCUAUUUAAAGAGCCUAGAACGAAUGGGCCUUUUUGUUUUGUUAUUCCACCCAUAUCCCUAAAUAUUGCAAGAGAACCUUACAUAUGUAUUUCCAUAUUUCAUAUAUCAUAUUCCAUAUA